AUGCUUCACUUCACCCCUCCUAUGGAAACAGCUGGUUUGGCCACUCCGAUGACAAUAGCUGCCAGAAUGGAAUCAAGGUGGUCGUGUAGCUUCAACUUAACAACAACAACAACAACAACCACUGCGUUUGUAAACCACACUUUUCCUUUGUCUGUGUCUAAAAAUAAUAAGAGAAGAACGAGCUACAAUUGCAGUUGCAGAGGGAGAGAUGAUGAUCCUCUGUCCACUUUCUCUGCUUACGCUGUUCUGGGAGUCCAACCCAACUGCUCCGCCGCUGAAAUUAAAGCUGCUUUUCGAGCCAAAGUGAAGCAGUUUCACCCAGACCUCAACAGAGAUGAAAACGAAACAUCGGAUGUUAUGAUUCGCCGUGUAAUUCAAGCAUACCAGAUACUAUCCAACUACACACCAUCACAAAUUAUUGAAACGGAGUGCUUAGAUCCCUUUGAUAGACCAGAGUGUGAAGCUUUUGAUGUUUUUGUUAACGAGCUUCUGUGUGUUGGAAAAGCUUGUUCAAAUUCCUGUGUUGAAAGAGCACCUCAUGCUUUCACAUUUGUCCCUUCUACUGGAACAGCACGUGCGAUUUCCCAAGAUCAAGGGGAAGAUUACCAAGUUCAGUGUGCUGUUGGACAAUGCCCUAGAAGUUGCAUUCACUAUGUAACCCCAUCACAGAGAAUUCUUUUGGAGGAGUUACUUCACAGCAUACUGGAUGUACCCUAUGAUACAUCAGCUGAGGCAGAAAUGCUCUAUUCACUUAUAACCAAAGCUAAGUUUGAGAAUAACCGAUACCAAAAGCCAAAGAAGAAAACCAAAUAUUCAACCCAGCAUGUUGAUUGGUUUUAA